AUGCAUGUAUCAUUCACAAACAUACUUUGGUAUCUGGAGUUUGGUGCGUUUGCUGUACUGUUAAUGGCAUUUUUUUGCUGGUUCGUGUACAUAGCAAAAAUAAAUUACGUUAAAUAUAACCCACGCUUUGACUACAAAAAAAGAUAUAUGGCUGACGGAACAAGUCAAGCGUCGGUCACGUCACCACGCUUCCGGAACGUGAAAGAGGCACAAGCACUCCUACCGGUUACAUGUGCUUUUAAAGAGGCUCUACUUCAGUAUACUGCAGAUCUGAAUUUGAAUGCCGAAAAUGCUACAACGUUCACAGGACGUUCCUGUGGACACUAG